GCGGUAAACUGUGAGGGGAAAACAUCAUAAUUAUAUAUUCAUAGUUAUUCAUUCCUAGUUAAUUUUCUAAUGCAAAGUAUUGCAUUAAGGCAACGACAGAUAAACACAGGAAUUAAUGGAAUAGCACAAUAGGCGCCUCUCUUCGGACCGAUUCCCGGAGAACUCCCCGGAUUAGUUUCGAGACAAUUAAUUGGUCCCUGACUACAGGAUGGAGGCGAACUUCAAGAGCGGAGUCCAUUUCACUAUUUCACGUGACUUCUCAAUCACUUUGAUACAUUGACUUUGAUGUACUCAGUAGUAGGUGUGCAGUUGCGGGAUUUACAACCCACGGUGAGUCUGAAGAUGAUCAACACUACAACGGAUAUCAACAUGACGCCUUCAGCGUUUUCCUGUCUGCUCAGCAGACAAUGUGAUGACCCGGAAGGACUACAAGCGUAUGCGUGCUUCGUCAAUCGGAUUCAUGGCUACCUUAUUCUAGUCUUAGGUUGUUUUGGUGUCCCGACAAACAUAGUGAACAUAGCAAUCCUCACACACAAAUCCAUGCGGUCACCUGUCAACAACAUACUGACGGGGAUUGCUAUCAGUGACCUCAUUACUAUGGUGAUGUCUAUUCCUCUCGGCGUCCAUUUUUAUAUCACAAACAGCCUUGACAUAACAGUAGAUAAAUAUACCUACGGUUGGACUUUAUUUCUGGCUUUUUACGCUAUGGUUACAAUCACCACACAGACGGUGUCCAUCUGGCUCGGUGUGUGUAUGGCGUUCUUUCGUUAUGUGUACAUUAAAUCCAUGGGAUCUGGACGCCAUAACAUCGACACCAAGAAAUCUUGUUUUCUAGUCCUUGUAAUGUUUUUGUUGGUUAUAGUUAUAUACAUCCCGGUAUACAGUUUUGUCUCUAUAAAAAGUAUGACGUGCUUUAAUGACGUUGAGAAUUACACAGUCUCUUACUAUCGAAUGCAACCGACAAUGACCAACGAUAAACCAUCACUGACGCAUGCGUACUCAAUGUGGACAUAUGUUGUCAUCGGAAAAUUGAUUCCUUGUUUCCUCAUUGCUUUAUUCGGUGGUUGCCUCCUUUAUUCCUUGCAAGAAAAUACCAGAAGAGCCAUACACCUUAACGGUGCUCACGCCACCUCGCGGUUAAGGCAACAUCGCAGGACAACCGCCAUGUUGUUAAUUAUCAUUGUGAUGUACAUCAUCGCUUCGCUGCCCCAGAGCAUUUUACUUAUCAUUGGUUUCGUCGAUAAAACGUUCUUUGAGAACGAAUAUGCCUUUUUGGGAGACACCAUUGACAUAAUUUCGUUAUUCAACAAUUCAAUUAAUUUCGUUCUGUAUUGUGCCAUGAGUCGACAGUUCAGGGAUCUAUUAAAACAGUACGUAUGUCAGUAUUUCGUCAUUCCCCAACAGGACGCCAAGAGCACACAGACAGCCAGCCACCUCAUCUCUCAAAACAAUCUCCAUAGUAAGGUGUACGUCAUGAAUGGAAUCAGGAAACAGGAGAGUCCACUUCUGGACAGAAAUAUUUAGUGGACGGUCAAACAUUCUCGGGCCUUUAUGGCAAACUCUAAAAAAAAAAAACCCACCCACAACUUCGAACGUAUUACGAAAAAAUUAAGAAAAUAUCUAUCAAUGAUAAUUCCAUCCCAGAAAAUUCAAACACAACCAGAUAUUUGAUUUAUGGUCCCUUUUGCCGACUUUUGUUUUGUUCUGUUUUGGUCAGAAUCAAUGAGAUAAUCCAUGUAUCAAAUGUUAAAACACGUUAAAUUGGAGCAUCCAUUUUAUACAGCUUUCUUACAUCCGAUGAUCGUAAUACAUUCGAUGUUGUAUUUUUGAGAUUGUCAGCAAAACACAAAGAAGCGGCGACUUAUCUAACGACCAUAAACGACGAAUACACAGUUAAAUGUUGUGCCAUUGUUUUCCUUCGUUUUCUUUCUUUUGUAUUUCCGCGAUGUGAAUGACUCGAUAAAUUGACUUUGAAGAAAUUACGAUAUUCAAGAUCUUUAGUGGAACUCUUGUAUCCAAAAGGAGUUGUUUAAGAACUUGAAUUCAUUUCAAAGACAGACUCUAUGUACUUCCAUCGCAUUAUCUGAUUAAUGUUUCGUUAAGUGAUAAAAUAGCAGUAACUCCGUUGUGAUGAAAAUGAGCAAUAAGAAUUAAUUUGUAAGAAUGAAAAUAAUACUUGAAUAUUGUCAGCAGUAACAUUUUUAAAGUUACACCUACAUUUAGCGCAUUAAUGUAUACUUUCUUGAUUCGUUGUAAACCAUAAAUUGAGAAGAAGAAAUCAGAGAGGAUUAUUAAGUUGUAAGAACUUGUAUCCAAUCCGUUUGUAUGUAUUAUACAAUAAAAUAUGCUCAAUCCGGAAGAAGAAAUAUCUUGCUGUGGCCUUCAACUAGACAUAUUUAGAUACAUCGACAACGUGUUUUAUAUUAACAAUGUUCACUUUUAUCCAUAUGUUGAUUCGAUAUAGAUAUAUCCCUGUGAACUCGAAAUAAAAGACACCACAGAGUCUUUCA